AUGCCAUCGUUUGACACUGCGAUACAUGCUAUCAAAGGAUCAUUAGGACUUGAGGAAGUGAAGCCAGAAGACGUUCCGGAACGGCAACGAUCGUUAUCGUUGAAUGAAGAGCAAACAACUGUGGUACCUGAAGCAUGGACACUCACAUCGAAGAAAGAAGGAGGACUUCAUCUUCCAACAAUGCUCUCUUUUGAUACUGCGAUGCAUACCAUCCAAGGAUCAUUAGGACUUGAGGAAGUGAAGCCAGAAGACGUUCCGAAACGGCAACGAUCGUUAUCGCUGAAUUCAGAGCAGACAACCGUUGACUCUAAUACAAGGACUGUUGCACCAAAGAAAAAAGUAACAUUUAAUCUUCUAGCAACACCGUCGUUUGACACGAAGUUGCAUGCAAUGAAAGUGACGUUAGGACGUGAAGAUGUGCGACCAAUAGAAGUUGUAAAACACCUCGAUGAGCUUCAUAUGAAGGAUGUUCCAGUUCAAGCAUCACAAAUGACUGCUACAAUUACUGAAAACCAAAUAAAAGUAGAACAGAGUUUAGACAUAAAUGAUCCUACGGUGCAAGUGUCCAACGACAGAGCAUGGACACAUUCAAGUUUAACUCCAAUCAUUAUGAUUACUCCCAUAGAUGAGUUAAAAGAGGACUCUGACGAAGAGUAUUUCGAUGCUCCCAGUGAAUUAACGAAUUCUUUAAUGGAUUCCGAGUUGAAAGCUUCUGUUCCUCCUCGAAAUACACCUAUAGCAUCACCAUCACACAAAUCAAUCCUUCUAACAACGACUAUCGAUGAUGUCAAUGAAUCAACAAAAGACGAUGUAUAUGAAAUAAUUAAUUCUGAAGCGACAAAAAUGGCUGGACGUCUAUUGUCCGACGUGAUACAUGACAUGGGCUCUAUUUUAAAUGAUCAAUCCUUUAUGGUCUCCAUCUCAGAUAGAGAUAGUACAUUGGAUGAGGAAGAACAAAAUUCUCCAACAUUUAAUGACUCAACAUGGGAAAGAAGUGACAUGAGUGCAGCAACCAUGACAACAAUUGAUCAUGAUGAAUUGUUACAUAGUAAUACGAUAUCUAAUGUUGACAGUAAUUUACCAACUACGUUUCUAGAUAACCUGACACUUACUGCAGAACUUUUAGUGCGUAAAAUAUUAGAAUUGGCAACAAAUCCGACUGUAUUUGAAUCAAAUGAACCAUUGAAUAUGAAUGAAAUAAUUCCGUUAAUGCAAAUCCCAACAAGUGAUGAUAAAGAUUCUUCUGAUAACAUUUCUGUCUCAUCGAAAUUACAUGAAGAUUAUAUAUAUGAAAUUGAACCAAUGGAAUCGUUGAUUUUGCCGACUUUAAUGAUAAAUAAUAACGGCAAGCUAGAUGUAACACUAGAUAAUAUAGGUGAUACUAAUCAACAAUCUUUUUAUUUAUUAGCGAUGUCUAACGAUUAUGACAUAGAAAAAGAUGUUGUGGAUUAUAUUUCACUGGAGCAAUCCAUGGCAAUUGAAGAAGUUUUUGCGCCGAAUGAAGAAAAAAUGAACAGAACCAUAUCGCCGGAUUAUAUGGAACCUGUUUCUGAUGAUAUGAAUGGAGAUAAAAAAGAAGUAUCAACAAGUAGAAUUGAUGAAGAUUUUUUAACAAAUUCAUCAUAUAUCCAACCAAUAAAUUCGGCAAAUAUAAUAUUUCAAUUUGAUGAUAUUAUAUUGGAAAAUGAAAAUAUCUGUAUUCAAUCACUCAAUUUGAAUGAAAUAUCAAUUCGAACUGUAUCAGAGAAAUCUUCUGACGAAAAAUUUUAA